UCUCUGUGUUCUGUCAGACGGGGAUUCACAGCACUGGAGGAGCGUGGAGCGAGUGGAGCGUCUCUUCUCCGGGUGUUCUCCCCCGCCAAACUGUUGAAUCCAGCUCUUCAGGAUGACAGGGAUCAGAGUGUGAUCAAACCGGACGCAAGCUUGUCGGUCCCACACUGGACCUUCUCCGUGCUCCAGCUAGUUCCCUCCAGGAGUCCCGAGCAGCAGCAGCAGCAGCCAUGUGAGAGGAGCCAGCGAGCGAUGUCCAUGUCCAGCUGAAGCUGAUCUGCCCCCUUCGCCCCCCAUGAGUGAGAGAAGAUGACUAUCACCAGUCGACAGUCCUUCAAUGUCCUGACGGUCAUCUUCCUGCUGCUGUCCACCGCAGCUCUCUCCGCUCACUACCGGGUGUGUGAACCCUACUCCGACCACAAGGGGCGCUACCACUUCGGCUUCCACUGCCCUCGCUUGUCCGACAACAAGACCUACAUGUUCUGCUGUCACCACAACAACACAGCCUUCAAGUACUGCUGCAACGAGACAGAGUUCCAGAUGAUCAUGCAGGUCAACCUCACCAGCACCUCCGACGGCUACGCCCACAACAACUACACGGCCCUGGUGGGAGUCUGGAUCUACGGCUUCUUCGUCGUGGUUCUGCUGGCGCUGGACUUCCUCUACUACUCCGCCAUUAACUACGAACUCUGCCGGGUCUACUUGGAGAAAUGGGGUUUGGGGGGCCGCUGGCUGAAUAAGGCUCGGAGUCAGUGGCAGCGCUCCAUGCAGGAGGAGAGCGAAGCUCCGCCCCCGCCCAUGAGCUCGGGUCACUACCAGCCCAGGCACAGUCUCCGCGGCGAGAGCCACAGUCCCACGCUACUGCCCUACAACACCUCCACGGCAUGAAAGCUUUGCGGGGAUGACCAGCGGACUGUUUUCCAGAGGAGAGACCCCAGGCCCCCCCCCACUGGGCCGGCCGGACUGUAGCCCACUGUGACGACUGCCCCUCCUUCACAAGCACACCACGCAGUAGCGCUGUGACAUUUAAAAGCCUCGGCCGUGAGAGGACUCCUGGACACACAGCUGCUUUGAAGCAGUGACACCCAGCUCUCCGGCGAUCCCUGAGGAGCCCGGCCAACUCUGAGCUGCGAGCGAGACGAACUUCCUGUUUUUAUCGUUAGGAGAUGUUUUCACUGCCGUGUCCGUGAAUGUUCAGUAGCAGUUAGACACGUCGGUGAUUUAUUUAUGUGGAGUAGCGAGCGGACGCCAGGACUUCCCAACAUGAAUCCAGAUGCUGAGUGCGCUCGUGAUAAAGCCGCUGUUCUUUUCACUUCUUGUGUCGUAAAUGUCCGAGCGGACGGAAACUGUAGAGCUUAUGUCUGUUUUCCUUCAGCGGAGCAUAAACGAGGAUCAGGGACGCCUUCACACAAGUCAGACCUUAACCUUCGACCCCGGAGACAAGAACAUUCCUUCAGAAGUUAGCGUGUGUUGCCAUGGUAACCUCAUCCAUCGGCUCAUUUGGCCUCAUUACCAGAGCUCGGCUCUACAAGCAAUAUGAUGCAACUGAACACUCACUUCACAGCGAGGUAGAAGAGCAGCGCACAGAAAUGUGUCUCAUGUUUCAGAACAACAGCUGGGGGCGCUCUCCUGGUUUCCUGCCCUGUUAGUCUUAACCACCACGCUAACGCCCAGCUCCCCCGACCACAGUGAGAGCAGUCUGAUCAUGCUGAUAUUAGCGCAGCGUUCUUCUUGUUGCUCAAGAAGUCAAACCUGGUCCACACUCAGAGAGACUCAAAUCCCACUUGAGUCUUAAGAGAAUUGAUUCAUCAUGUGUGAAAAAAAAAGUUCAUAGUGCUUCACGGUACCAUAGGAAGCAGCACCAUCACGCUAAAUACUGUGGAUGAGCCCUACUCAAAAGCCUGAAGUAGAAACUUGAAGUUUUCAUCGUGGGUCAGCUGGACGCCAGAUCAUGACAAACACUAAAUCUCUGAACAGUGUCGCCGAUGCUUGUCACUAACAACAUCAUGUUUUCGCUCCUCAAGACAGACAAGCCUGACUGAGAUCUGAAUGCAAUCUGUUCACAAUCUGUUCCACAUAAAUCAGAAGCCACAACAACUCUGACUGACAGACGUUUGAUCGGGUUUCUGCUCCACUCAAGCUGUUAUUCAAGUGCUGUAGCAAUCGGUGACAUCGUAACUCCAUUUUUACUGCCUGAUCGCAAGCAAUAUUUGUUUAGGAAUUAACUACUCAGCUGCAAUACUUGUUUAUCAACACGCCUUCUGACAGCAUUGACCACUCGCAACCGCACGAAGGUACCGUUGUUGACGACGAGAUGCCUUUAGCACAGCUAGUUAGCAUAGUUCGCCUUAACAUGUCCGUGUUCACUCAUGCAAUUCUUUUUCUAGGAGGACAGAAGAGUCAAUACGAUUGGGCAUCGUUUUUCUCUGAGGCUCAAAUCGGUUUCAUUUUACUUACUCCCCUUACUUCCUGUCCAACCACUACAAGAGGCGGGACUUAACUCAAUGACUAGCAAAGCUCCGUCCACCAGUGGGAACCAUUAGCUGUCAUGACAGUCCUCUGUCACAGUCUGGGGUUUGUGUUAGGUGUCAACUUAGAAUGACAUUUGUUAUACUAUCUGUUAGCUGUUGUUAGCACACGUCUGCACUUCAAGGAGCUGGUUUGAUUCCUGGUCUGUGAACCAAUCACAUGCAAGUCUCGCGACUUGUGAGAUAUGGAUAACCCCGACAUUUCACAUGAAAACAAAAAUGGCAAUUAUAAAGCCUCAGGUCCACAAGGCACCAAAAGGCAGCAAGUUGAGAAUUAAUUCAGUGAUAUUACUGGGAAGACGACGGAGCCCUGGAAGUGACAUGCAUGCGUUUAUUUGUUUUGGAUGUGGCGUGCCUGACUUUAUUUUUUUUUUGCCCGAGUUAUUAUUAUUAUCUCGAGAUAUUUGUUAUCUCGUGAUAAUGCGUAUCUCGCGAUAACAGUUAUCUCAAGAUAAUAUUUAUCUCAAGAUACAAUCGUAAAUGUCACCGCAUGCGUAACUGCCUCUCUGGCAAAGCAUUUUGUAUACGUCCUCUUGGAACCACUAUGUCUCCCAUGGCUUUGUAACUGUUCGUCAACAUUGUCAUUGUCUGUCUGCGUUUCUAACACUCUGAUCAAGUGCUCUCUACUUAAAAUAAUACCACAUGUGGCUAAGCUAUAUGUAUCACGCGUCCCUGGACGCAACAUGCAUGACUUUAUUUUUUUUUCUUUCCCGAGAUAAAAAUUUUCUUGCGAUAACUGUUAUGUCGGGAUAAAAAAAAUAAAGUCAUGCAUGUCACGUGGUAUUAUUUUGAGUAGAAGCCACUUGAUCUGACUCUUAAAAGCGGACAGACUUUACCGUCGCCAAUAUUCUGACUUGCAGACAGCAAGAUAAAAAUGAUCUGGAGAUACUAAUUAUCACGAGAUAACAGUUAUCACAAGAUAACUGUUAUUUCGGGCUAAAAAACAAACGCACGUCACUUCCAGGGCUCCGUAGAAGACAUACCCUUUUCAUGGAAACCUCUAUGACGGCAUCGUGGUUACUACACAGGCACGAGUGUGCACAAAUUUAAGGCGUCUCACUGAGAGAACAGGGCGUCCUAUUUCUCAUGUUGGGGCCACCAGGACGCCCUGAUGCCUCCCCAGCAAAGCCUGCCCAAGGUGGACACAGACAUCACAUUAUAAACAUGGGAAAUGUUCCAGUCAAAGAGAGUGAGUCUCACAUCUCGCCCACGCCGUGCUCUCUCAUUAUCCUUUGAUCAGCUGACACACACCUUCUGGAGCCAACACCUAAAUCACAUCUAAAGAGAGACUCAAAUGUUCCUCUCCUCUGUUCGCGUAGCGCCGGCAUCAUCACGUAGUUAACAGCAAUAAUAGUCACAUUUACAGAGCCGUUCCAGCGAGUUCCUUCUGCUUCAAGUGGCCAAAGUUUAAUUGCUAGUGUCCCCAAGCGGAGAAAUAAUUGGCCUGCAGACCAGCAGCGGCCGCACUCUCUCCCCGGGGCUUCCUCCUUAUUUCCAGCAGCAGCGGCGGCGGAGCAGGGCGGGGUUCCCAUCAGGUGCAGCAGUACAAAGGAAAUGUAAUUGGUCCUUAGUUCCCAGAUCUGUGUUGCUCUUCAGGACUCUCUGUGUUUCUCUCAUCACUUGCGGUCGCGUCGCCGUGUUCUGCGAUUCCAAAGUGGUUUUGUGACAUUGACUUUGUUUCCUGGCCUCGUGUGACAUGAACCCGCCAAAGCCUCUUCUGGCAAGAGUGGGGAAGGAGAGCACACAUCAGUCUCUCCGGGUUGUCAUGGUAACCGUUGCCUUACACUUCACGUUCCGCCUGUCUACAGAACCCAUCAUGGCGGAUACCUCACUGGGUCCGUCGACUGGAGACUAGAUAAACGCCGGGGUCCAGUUUCAGUGGGAUUGUACUUGCACUUGUUGACUUUGUAUCGUACGACAACAGGGAGAAAUAAAGUUUAUCUUUUGCAGUGUGUUUAAGCCCUGCAGC